AUGAACUUCCGCUUCACUUAUUCUUCCUUACAAAAACCAUCAAUUAUCGUCACACCAUUCAGUGUCUGCCAAAUCAAAGCCACCUUAAAGUGUUCCAAGAAAUAUGGCUUGCAAAUCCGAACCCGAAGCGGCGGACAUGAUUCCGACGGCCUCUCAUACAUAUCCGAUGUUCCUUACAUCGUAAUCGAUCUGAGAAACCUUCGUAAGGUGAAAGUAAACGUUGAUACAAAAACUGCAUGGGUUGAAGCUGGAGCUACCAUCGGUGAAGUUUAUUACAAUAUUGCCAAAAAAAGUCCAGUACUAGGAUUUCCUGCUGGGCUUUGCUACACUGUAGGUGUUGGUGGACACUUCAGUGGAGGUGGCUAUGGAAUUUUGAUGAGAAAAUAUGGUCUUGGAGGUGAUAAUGUUGUAGAUGUACGUAUACUUUUAGCAAAUGGAAAAAUAGUUGACCGAAAAUAUAUGGGAGGUAACCUAUUUUGGGCUUUAAGAGGUGGUGGAGCAGCCAGCUUUGGAAUUGUUCUUUCUUGGAAGAUCAACUUGGUUGAUAUGCCAUCUUCACUGACAAUAGCCACUGUUCAGAUGGACUACGAGCUAGAUUCAACCAAGAAGAUUGUUCAUCAGUGGCAAACAAAAGCUGACAAAUUUAGUAAAGAUUUCUUACUGUUUGUUAGGAUACUAGCUGGGAAUUCUACAACUCCUGGGAUGAUCAAUAAACCAUCAUUACAAGCUACCUUUUUUGGGGUGUACCUUGGUGAAAUUGAUAAGCUUCUUCCUUUAGUUAAGAAAAGCUUUCCUGAGUUGGGUUUAACAAGAAAAGAUUGUACUGAAAUGAGUUGGAUUCAGUCCAUACUUUUGUUCAAUGGAUUCCCAACUAAUUCUUCUCUUGAUGUUCUACUUAAUAGGACCCAAUCAGUAAUGUUUUCAUUUAAAGCAAAAGCUGAUUAUGUCAAGGAGGAAAUUCCAAAAGAUGUUUUUGAAAAGUUAGCAAAAAGAUUGUAUCAAGUAGAGUUAGGAACUGCAGUUCUUCAGUUGUUUCCUUAUGGAGGAAGAAUGGACGAGAUUCCGGAAUCGGAAACUCCAUUCCCUCACCGAGUUGGAAACCUUUAUGAACUCACUUAUCUAACUAGGUGGAUGGAGAAGGGGAAUGAUUCUGAUACAGAGAAUUACUUGGAAUGGACAAAAAGUGCUUAUAGUUACAUGACUCCAUAUGUGUCUAAGAAUCCAAGAGAAGCUUAUCUCAAUUAUAGGGACCUUGACAUUGGAAGAAACAACUAUAAUGGCUCUGCUACCUACGAACAAGCAAGCGUUUGGGGUUCAAAAUAUUAUAAGGAUAAUUUCAAGAGAUUAGUUUAUGUGAAAACUAAUGUGGAUCCUACAAAUUUCUUCAGGAAUGAACAAAGUAUCCCAGUUUAUUCCUCAUGA